CUUAUUUGCUCACCUACAAAGCUGAAUAUUUCAAAAUUAAGAUUCACGUUACUACAGUACUUAUCACUUAUCGUGACUUACGUAACUUUUCAGAACUUAUCAUUUAAGUCUGCAAUUCUGCUCGUACGGAAGUUGUAGUAUCAUUGUUUUGUUUUCUUCAGAGUCAACACAAACAUUUACGGACGCCAUGUCCGAGACGACUGUGUUACCAUCUUCCGAGAAUGAUUAUGAUAAGGAAAUCGCAGAAAACUUGCCGACCUGCAUUUCGCCUUCCAUCGACCGUAUAUCUGACAGCGAUUAUGGUUCGUCAUCAGCCAAAUCAUCGCCAGAGGCAGCUACCAGCCGUUUGAGCCAACAUCCUUUGCAGAGUGUUAAGAAAGAGAAGCCACAAUCGAAAGUACACUGGAAUCAUAAGGAGCACACUGAUAACGUCUUGCCAGCUCCGGUGCAGAAAUUCUGUGCAGCGUUGAAUAGACCCGACGACAGGACCAGAAGGCUGGCGAUCAGCAUCCCCGACAAGAUCGUCAUUCGCAAAUCGGAAAAAACUGGCAUCAGUCACGUGCUGGUGAUGGGUACCGUUGAUUUCAUCCUAGAUCCACUGGCGUGCCCGUUCGCCAAGCAGACGGAGGCUUGCAAGGGCUUCUUCGCGACGGCCCCGCACUUCCUUGAGGCGCAUCUGGAGGCCAAGCACGCGCUCAAGAACGUUAUCCUCAACUUUGUGUGCCCCUGUCCGGCCAAGUGCAACGACGGCCACAGCUGCCCCGAGGUGCGCUUCGAUCCCGGCGACAUGCACAUGUUGGCGCAUCUGCGCAGCUGCCACAGGAAGUACUACGAGGUUAUGCGUUUGGCCUUGCUGUCGGCUGAACCAGAACCCGGCCUGGAUCCGCAGCGAGCACAGAAGCGUCUCUACUUCCGACAGCACGCCCGUCGCCUCUACUUUCCGGCGUGGACGCACGACAAGGACCGGCUGUUUCCCAGUCAGAUCAUUCCCGACAAGAUCGUCAUUCCCGCGGAAAUCGACCAGAACGGUGUAAUAAAGUACACCUGCAAAAUCGAUCCCUGCAGCCGCACUCCUAUCGGCGAUGGCGGCCCGUACGCUGCUUUUGACCUACACAUGCACAUGUUGACAGAGCACGGAAAACAAUACGACAUGUUCACCAGCUUCUUCCACGAAUGCCCGGGUUGCGGAAGGUUGAUAAAUGCUGUCGACAAACAACUGGAAUCUCACGUGAAAGCGAUGCACGAAGAGCUAUUGCGGAAAGGAAGAGACUGCAUCAAGUACUCUGAGCAGGCCAUGAAGAAUCUGAAAGCGCUGGAAGACCGAAUUCCCGCCGCCGUUAUCGGUGAGGCCAUCACCAACGGCUUGCAACCGAGCGACGGCAGCAAAGGAACCGCGAAAAUGUACCUGCAGCGUUAUACCUGUCCUAUGAAGCCGUGCGACAAAGUGUUCCUGGGGGACGGGUGCGAGCGCGACUACAUGGUCUGGCACAUCCGGGCCGAUCAUCGGGAUGACUGGAAUGUGGCCACGGAUGCGCUUGUGAAGGCUCCAAAGUGAUUCCCCGUGCUGGCUCAUCUGUGCUUCCGGAUAUACAACACCAUCUGGUCGUGAAUAUGUUUUCUGGACCAAGAACGUGCUUUGCCGAGUUAUCCUUAUUUAGCUUUUCUGGUUUUUUAUUUCAACAGGAUAGGCGGCCCUUCGCCGAUCAGGGAACGCGGUUAGUUUCUCGCUGUCCAUUUAUUUGCCAGACGGCUCGUGCAAGUUCUUCACAUUUUCGUUUUUUUCUAGCUGAUCUCUCGCUCACUGUUUCUAUAAUGUUAAAGAAAGCACUGGAGUGAACAGGCUUAGAGGUAGUGCACAGGAAAAAUUGUUUGCAACUA